UCUCUACUCUAACACAAUUCAUUUGUAGCCAAUUCUUAUUCUUUUUCUCUCUUUCUCUCUGCUUGCGGUGCUUCACAAGCCAAAUCUAACUUGUCUCUGUUUUCUCCGAUCUAGUACUACUAUCAAUGGCCGGAAAAGGAGAUGGUCCUGCUAUCGGAAUCGAUCUCGGCACCACCUACUCCUGCGUCGAAGUGUGGCAGCACGACCGUGUCGAAAUCAUCGCCAAUGACCAGGGUAACAGAACCACGCCGUCUUACGUCGCUUUCACUGAUUCCGAGCGUUUGAUCGGUGACGCCGCCAAGAACCAGGUCACCAUGAACCCCGUCAACACCGUCUUCGAUGCUAAGCGUUUGAUUGGAAGGAGAUUUUCUGAUGCCUCCGUUCAGAGUGACAUGAAGCUAUGGCCAUUUAAGGUCAUCCCUGGUCCUGCUGACAAACCUAUGAUUGUGGUCAACUACAAGGGUGAGGACAAGCAGUUCUCCGCUGAGGAAAUUUCUUCCAUGGUUCUCAUGAAGAUGCGUGAGAUUGCCGAGGCUUAUCUCGGUUCCACAGUGAAGAAUGCCGUGGUCACUGUUCCCGCUUACUUCAAUGACUCCCAGCGUCAGGCCACGAAGGAUGCUGGAGUCAUUGCGGGUCUCAAUGUCAUGCGUAUCAUCAAUGAACCCACUGCUGCUGCCAUUGCUUACGGUCUUGACAAGAAGGCCACCAGUGUGGGUGAGAAGAACGUGUUGAUUUUUGACUUGGGUGGUGGUACCUUUGAUGUCUCUCUUCUCACAAUUGAGGAGGGUAUUUUUGAGGUCAAGGCCACUGCCGGAGAUACUCAUCUUGGAGGAGAAGAUUUUGAUAACAGGAUGGUUAACCAUUUUGUUCAGGAAUUCAAGAGGAAGCACAAGAAGGACAUCAAUGGAAACCCUAGGGCUCUUAGGAGGUUGAGGACUGCCUGUGAAAGGGCGAAGAGGACCCUAUCAUCUACUGCACAAACCACAAUUGAGAUAGAUUCUCUUUAUGAGGGUGUUGACUUCUACACAACAAUCACCCGUGCCAGGUUUGAGGAGCUCAACAGGGAUCUCUUCAGGAAGUGUAUGGAGCCCGUUGAGAAGUGUUUGAGGGAUGCUAAGAUGGGCAAGAGCACUGUCCAUGACGUUGUCCUUGUUGGUGGAUCCACUAGAAUUCCUAAAGUGCAGCAAUUGUUGCAGGAUUUCUUCAAUGGCAAGGAGCUUUGCAAGAGCAUUAACCCCGAUGAGGCCGUUGCUUAUGGAGCUGCUGUACAGGCUGCUAUUUUGAGUGGUGAGGGCAACGAGAAAGUGCAGGAUUUGCUGUUGUUGGAUAAGUACAAGGCCGAGGAUGAGGAGCACAAGAAGAAGGUCGACGCAAAGAAUGCUUUGGAGAACUAUGCCUACAACAUGAGGAACACCAUUAAGGAUGAGAAGAUUGCAUCAAAGCUUUCUGAUGACGACAAGAAGAAAAUCAAAGAUGCCAUCGAGAGUGCUAUUCAGUGGUUGGAUGGAAACCAGCUAGCGGAGGCUGACGGGUUGGAAGACAAGAUGAAGGAGCUUGAGAGCAUUUGCAACCCAAUCAUUGCCAAAAUGUACAAAGCUGAAGAUGAGAUGUAUAGGAAGAAGGUAGAAGCAAGGCAUGCAUUGGAGAAGUACGCAUACAACAUAAGGAAUGCUAUAAACGAUAAGGGGAUUAGUUUGAAGCUUUCUCCGGAAGACAAGGAAAAGAUCAAUGAUGCAGUUGAUCGUGCCUUAGAAUGGCUUGAGGUCACAGUGGAUGCAGAUGUUGACGAGAUCCGGCGCAUUCUUUCUAGCAUCUUGUCAUCCAUCUUUUCAUGCAUUGCUGGUAGUAAUAAAAUAAAGACGUUCUGGUUAGAAGAAUUGAGGAAAUUCGCUCUCAAAGCAGUAUUUUUAGCUGGGAAAAUCAUUGGGUUUGUUUUUGAAAGGAAGUUGUAAAUUGAAUCGGAUCUCAUUCUUUGGAGAAGCAAAAUGAAUAGCAUGCUAUCAACCUUAAAGGUUGCAGUUUCUGUUGUUAAUGUUGUAAUACAUGAUUUCUGGUGUAUGUGAUCCCUUUUGUCAGAAUGGUUUAUUUUUCUCUUCCUACUGCAUCUUGUUAUGCACUAUACUACUGCUAUUGGUGUUUUACGACGUUUCAUUAGACUCUACUGUGCCCU